AUGUCCGACUUUGAGCCCUCGGAUAUCGAGCAAUACCGGACAUUCAAGAAUUUCUUCGUGCGCGCGAACCGCCCGGGGUCGCGGCCCAUUGACGUUCCGGAUGAUCCCGUAGGUGCCGUUGUGGUUACCGAUUCCCGCGUCGUAGCGUAUGAUUCUGUGGCCAAGACUAAGAAACUGCGAAUCAAAGACACCUAUUCCACCAUCACAAAUAUGUUCAUGAGUAUAUAA